UAUAAAAUUUAUUAAUAAUAAUUAGUAGCUGUUCGUUAAUAUUGGAAAUAAUAAUAAUUGUAUUCGGCUUCAUAUUUGCUGUUACGGAUAAAUGCAAGCCUGUUAAAAGUUAAAAGCUAUUAGAAAUAAAAUUUUUCCAAUUAUAUUAUUUAUCUAUAUGAUUUAUUUUAAAUUAUAUAAUCAUAUACAUAGUACAACACUAUAAUUAUGAUAAUUGUAUAACGCAUGAACGGAAAUUUGAAGAAAAGAAAGGAAAAACCAAAAAUUGAAACGGUUUAAAGUUCAUAGAACCUAAAUAAGAAACGGUUAAAAACGGUGUCUCCUUUUUUGCUUCUUUUUAAAAGAAACGACUUUUAAAACUGAAGUGGAAAUUGUUGAAUGGUAUUUACUAUUGAUUUGUUAACGUAUUCAUCAGCAUAUAGACAAAAUAUGACAACUUCAAUACCAACAAUAACGCCAUUACCACCAUCAGAGAGAACUCCAUUGACAAGGCUUGAAGGUGCACCAGGUCCGUCAUAUGUUUUUCCUGGAGUAUCACCGAGAUCAAGAAGAAAACAAAUGAGACAAUUUCAGUGUUGCAUUUGUUCUAUAUUUAUAACGGCAACUAUAUUAGCAUUAAUUAUUGGGAUAUACUAUUCAGAUAUGGAUCCUAUAAUACCUAAUCAAAAUAAUAUGAGUACAACAACAAAUGAGCCAACAAUAGAUUUAAAUGAAACAGAAAUCUUGUUACUUUUAUCAGAUCAAAAAAUUCCGAUUCCAGAUGAAAAACCAUCUAAAUGGGUACUACCAAUUCCUUCAAUAGAAGAAGCUGUAGCUGCAAAAGAUUUUGGUUUAAGAGCUUUAGGUGAUAGAGAAAUAUAUGAAGAGAGUUUAAUUCCGAUGCCUAUAAAUUCACCAUCAUUUCGUCAUUUUCAUGCUAUAGUAAAUACUCCUGAUGCUCGUUCAUCAUCAAAAAAGGGAUAUGUUGAAUACCAUGCAACUUUUCAUGUAGCGCGUAAAUAUAAUUACACAAGAAGACCGGGCGCCAGAAAUAAUAUUGGGGAAGGACCAUUGAUUGAUUUAAGUAAUAAUACCUUAACAAAUGUAAAGUGCAAUUUUAAUUCGCGAUAUAGAAAAAUUAAUGGUUUUUGUAAUAAUAAAAAUCAUCCAACAACCUUUGGCGUAGCGCUAUUAUCAUACAGAAGAGCUCUUGCACCAGAUUAUAGCGAUGGAAUUAAUAAUCCUAGAGCUGCAAGAUCUGGUAAUCCGUUACCUUCAGCCAGACAAGUUUCUCUUAAUGUUCAUCGACCUGUAUAUACGGCAGAUCCUAAUUUUACUGUUAUGUUAGCUGUUUUUGGGCAACUAUUAGAUCAUGAUAUUACUGCAACAGCUUUAAAUGCUGCUCAAGAGGGUCAACCAAUUGAUUGUUGUCAAGUGCCUUUAAAUCAACAUCCUGAAUGUUUUCCAGUUCCAUUAGUACCGGGUGAUCCUUAUUUUGAUCAAUAUAAUUUGACAUGUAUGAAUUUUGUACGAUCAGCACCAGCUCCAACUGGAAGAUUUAGUCCUAGAGAGCAAUUUAAUCAAGCAACUGCAUUUAUAGAUGCAUCAAUGGUUUAUGGUAACACUGAAGAAAAAAUUAAUUUGCUAAGAUCUAGAACAGGAGGUAAAUUAAGAAUGUUUAGGACUCCUGAUAAUCGUGAUUUAUUGCCUUUAUCAAACGAUCCUAAAGAUGGGUGCAAUCAAGCUAAAAUGAAUGCUCAAGGGAAAUAUUGUUUUCAAAGUGGAGAUGAACGUGCAAAUGAAAAUUUACAUUUGACUUCAAUUCAUUUAAUAUUUGCUAGGCAUCAUAAUUUUUUGGCAACUAAUUUACAGCAAAUAAAUCCGCAAUGGAAUGAUGAAAUGCUAUUUCAAGAAUCAAGAAAAAUUUUAGGAGCACAAAUUCAACACAUAGCAUACAAUGAAUUCCUUCCUAUAUUGCUAGGUUAUGAAUUUGUCAAAAGCAAGAACCUUUUACCUAACCCACAAAACGCAAGGGACAUGUAUGAUCCAGAUGUUAAUCCGACAAUAGCUAACCAUUUUGCAGCAGCUGUUUUUCGAUUCGCUCAUACAUUAUUGCCGAGUCUUUUUAAAAUGACACGGGAUAAUACAACAGACGAGCAAAUAGAAUUACACCGUAUGCUAUUCAAUCCUUAUUCAUUGUGGGAAGAAAAAGGAGUCGAUCAAGCAUUAAAAAGUGCUGUAGAUACACCUAUUAUGAAAGUUGAUGGUCACUUUAGUAGAGAACUAACUGAAAAACUAUUUCAAGUUGAUUCUCCCGACGAAUUAAUUCCAAGUAAUAUUACUGAUGCAAUACCUAAUAAACAGGCAGUAUGCGGAUUAGAUCUUGUUUCGUUAAAUAUCCAAAGGGGUCGCGAUCAUGGACUGCCAUCUUAUACUGAAUUUCGAAAACAUUGUAAAUUACCAACAGCUAAGACAUGGGACGAUAUGGAAAAAUUAAUUGAUCCGACGUCGGUUGAAAAUAUGAAAUUAAUAUAUGAAACUCCAAUGGAUGUCGAUUUAUAUACAGGUGCUUUAAGUGAACCACCAUUAGAAGGUGCAAUUUUCGGGCCACUUUUAGCAUGCUUAAUAUCUGAUCAAUUUAUACGUUUAAAAGUUGGUGAUUCAUUUUGGUAUGAGCGUAAAUUUGGACCGCAACGAUUUUCAAACGAUCAAUUAAACGAAAUAUAUCGAACAACUUUAGCCGGAAUUAUUUGUCAAAAUUCUGAUAAUGUCGUUAAAAUUCCUAAACUUGUAAUGCAAAGUCCAAAUAAUUCAACAAAUCCUUAUGUUAAUUGUACAGAAAUUAUUAAUUUCAACUUUAGUCCGUGGAUGAAUGAAAAAUUUAUUGCUGCAAAUAUUAAACUUCGCCUUGGUGCAAAACCUAAUAUAAUAACCAUAGUGAAAAAUAAUAAUGGAACAAUACCAAAAAAUAAAUUGGUGUAGAAUUACAAAAAAAAAAACAAAAACAAAAGACAACUGUAUACAAGUAACUUUGUUAAUAAUUAAUUUAAUUAUAAUUAUACAUUUAAAAAUUUUAGUUUCGUUAAAUAAAGUCAAUUUUAUACGAA